AACAACGGCCAUCAUGGGACUCUCUCUCUCUCUCUCUGCAACCAAGUGGUUGUUUGGGGGUAGUUCAGCGGCUGAAAGAAAAUGAGGGAAAUUCAAAGCCUAUUCCUUUGCUUUAAUCGCCAACCUUUUGUUUCAUUCCCUUACAAAAGGGGAGAAAAAAUAGGGGGCGGACUCUCCGACGAAACAAAUUACAAAGCCAAAAACAAGAAAAGUCCACUGACAACCCAAAGUUCUCUCACUUUCUUUAUAUCUGUCAAAUCCUACCGCUUUCAGAAAAAAUAAAAAAAAGAAGAGAGAGAGAAAGAUGGCAGGCAUUGCUGGUACUUGUUCUUCAGGGGUGCUGCUCAGAGCUAGAGAAUCAGGAGGUAAUGGAGCUUCUCUUGUUCAAUACAGCGGGCUUAGACCUGGAAAUGGUAUGCAGACUGCUCAAACUAGGCAGAGAUCAAGUUGGUUCAUUUCUACUCCAGCUCCAAAAUGCAGAACAAUCAAGUCCAUGGCUUCAACAGUUUCAGCUCCCAAACGAGAAACAGAUCCUAAAAAACGUGUUGUCAUAACAGGAAUGGGCCUUGUGUCGGUUUUUGGCAGUGACAUUGAUGCAUUCUAUAACAAACUUCUGGAGGGAGAGAGUGGGAUUAACCUAAUUGACAGGUUUGAUGCUUCAAAAUUCUCCGUCCGGUUUGCAGGUCAGAUUCGUGAAUUUUCUUCCAAAGGCUAUAUUGAUGGGAAGAACGAUCGCCGGCUUGAUGAUUCCUGGCGGUACUGUUUAGUUUCUGGCAAGAGGGCCCUUGAAGAUGCCAACCUUGGAACUGAAGUUCUUGAAAAAAUGGACAGAACAAAAAUUGGAGUCCUAGUGGGAUCAGGCAUGGGAGGCUUAACAGCUUUCUCCACUGGAGUGGAAGCUCUAAUCCAAAAGGGAUAUAAGAAGAUCACACCAUUUUUUAUUCCGUAUUCCAUCACCAACAUGGGGUCAGCAUUGCUGGCUAUAGACACUGGUUUGAUGGGACCUAAUUACUCCAUUUCAACUGCUUGUGCAACUGCAAAUUACUGCUUCUUUUCAGCUGCGAAUCACAUUAGAAGAGGUGAGGCAGAUAUCAUGGUAGCUGGCGGGACCGAGGCUGCUGUCAUUCCUACUGGGGUUGGUGGGUUCAUAGCUUGCCGGGCUUUGUCUCAGAGGAAUGAUGCACCCCAUAAAGCUUCCAGACCAUGGGACAAGGAUCGCGAUGGUUUUGUUAUGGGAGAAGGAGCUGGAGUUCUGAUUAUGGAGAGCUUGGAGAGCGCAAUGAAAAGAGGAGCAAAAAUAUAUGCAGAGUAUUUGGGAGGUGCUAUAACAUGUGAUGCUCAUCACAUGACUGAUCCUAGGUCAGAUGGCCUUGGAGUUUCAUCUUGCAUAACGAAAAGUUUACAAGAUGCCGGAGUUUCCCCUGAAGAGGUGAACUAUGUGAAUGCUCAUGCAACAUCUACACUAGCAGGGGACUUGGCUGAGGUUAGUGCCAUCAAGAAGGUCUUCAAGGACACGUCGGAGAUAAAGAUGAAUGGGACUAAGUCAAUGAUUGGACAUGGCCUUGGCGCUGCCGGUGGAUUAGAGGCUAUCGCAACUAUAAAAGCAAUCAGAACUGGCUGGGUGCAUCCAACUAUUAACCAAGAUAACUUGGAGCCUGCUGUCACAAUUGAUACCGUCCCAAAUGUGAAGAAAAAGCACGAAGUUAAUGUUGCUAUCUCCAACUCAUUUGGCUUUGGUGGGCACAACUCGGUGGUUGUCUUUGCCCCCUUCACACCCUGAAAAAAGUUAACCUUAGCCUUUUCUCUUCACCUUUCAUUGUUGUGAUCAUCAAUUUUGAGAUGUUAAAGCUAAUUGGAAUCAUCAUAAAGGAGGGUUAUGUCUUUGUAUCGGAAUCAAGCACACACCGGAACGAGUCUUGAAGGCAAUGUUUACAUUUUACCUCUGCUUAUAGAAUUCAUGAUUGUUUGGAUGAAUCAGAUUUAGUAAUUAUUUCAGUGAAUAAAAAGGUGCUGCCAUUUUUCUCUUC